AUGCCGACCGAACUUCAGGACGUGGUUCCCGAUAUCGUGAUUGGCGGUAACCAGGAUGAGACCCACAAUGACCAGUAUGCCGGCCAGGAGGGUGACGACAGCGAAAACGAACAAGAAGCACAAAAGGGGAAAAAAGUGAGUUUUGUGACAUCUGAUGACGAGAAGGAACACGAGGACGAGCUUGAGAGACGCAGAAAGGAGUUUGAAGAAGGAGGCGGUCUUCCAGAGCAACCGGAUAACCCAGACUUUUCGUCGCUGACUCCUUUGUCGCCAGAAAUCAUCAACAGACAGGCCACGAUCAAUAUCGGUACCAUUGGUCACGUCGCCCAUGGAAAGAGUACCGUCGUCCGCGCCAUUUCCGGAGUCCAGACUGUCAGGUUCAAAAACGAGCUGGAGAGAAAUAUUACCAUCAAGUUGGGAUACGCUAACGCCAAAAUCUACAGAUGUGACAAUGAGGAGUGUCCGGAGCCAGGAUGUUACCGUUCAUUUGAGAGCAGCAAGGAGAUUCAUCCAAAGUGUGAAAGAGAAGGCUGCACAGGUAGAUACCAGCUGGUGAGACAUGUCUCGUUUGUUGACUGUCCAGGUCACGAUAUCUUGAUGAGUACCAUGUUGUCUGGAGCAGCCGUGAUGGACGCCGCCUUGCUACUUAUUGCAGGUAACGAGUCUUGUCCACAGCCGCAAACGUCUGAGCAUUUGGCGGCCAUUGAGAUCAUGAAGCUGAAGCACGUGAUCAUUCUACAAAACAAGGUUGACUUGAUGAAGGAAGAGGCUGCUCUGGAGCACGAGAAGUCCAUUUUAAAGUUCAUCAAGGGCACGAUCGCUGACGGCGCUCCAAUCAUUCCUAUCUCUGCACAACUCAAAUACAAUAUCGACGCUGUCAACAUGUGCAUGGUGAAUUCGAUCCCAGUCCCACUGAGAGACUUCUCUGCCCAGCCUCAGCUCAUUGUGAUCAGAUCCUUUGAUGUGAACAAGCCAGGAUCUGAGAUUGACGAGUUGAAGGGAGGUGUUGCUGGAGGAUCUAUUUUGACUGGUGUGUUCAAGAUCGGAGACGAGAUUGAGGUCAGACCAGGUAUCGUCACUAAAGACGAUAACGGAAAGAUCCAGUGCAAACCUAUAUUCUCGAGCAUUGUUUCGCUGUAUGCUGAGAACAACGACCUGAAGUUUGCUGUUCCGGGAGGUCUGAUUGGUGUGGGUACUAACAUUGACCCUACUCUUUGUAGAGCAGACCGUCUGGUGGGCCAGGUCGUCGGAUCCAAGGGACAUCUUCCAUCGGUUUUCACCGACAUUGAGAUCAACUACUUCCUGCUCAGAAGAUUGCUGGGUGUCAAGACGGAUGGCCAGAAACAGGCCCGUGUCAGAAAGCUUGAGGUCGACGACGUGCUGAUGGUGAAUAUCGGAUCUACUGCUACAGGAGCUAGAGUCGUGGCUGUCAAAGCAGACAUGGCCAGAUUGACCCUCACAUCGCCGGCCUGUACCGAGAUUAACGAGAAGAUUGCUCUGUCUAGACGUAUCGACAAGCACUUCAGACUGAUUGGUUGGGCUACUAUCAAGAAGGGAACCACGAUAGAUCCAGUUAAUUAA